AACAAAACAAAACAGACACGCCUCCUCAAAAAUGGCGGAAUCGGUGGUUCUAUAGAAUAAUCCUAGCGGAAAUUCGGGUUUGUUUUGGACAGAUUUGUGUUUAUUUUCAUGUAAAGGAUCGUUUCUGCUCAUUGACGCUUUCCUGUUCGUGUGUUUUAACUAAACCAAAAACAGCAGCCAUGUUUGGUUUAACAGCCGAUUAGAGCCGAUCGGUUCCUCCGUCGCAGCGGUGAUGAAAAGCGUUGGCAUGCGACGGAAGCGCGCGCCUUUGGCGUCUCGCAUCGACCAGAGAAAGACUCGCAUGAGCGCGCUCGAGCGUCUGCUCGAGGACAGCGACGAAGGGUCGUACUGCAGCACGACGACCAGCGACGAAUCCGCAAGUGAGUACCAGGUAUCAGACGACGACAGAUCAGACAGCGGGGACUCCGAGUCUCCUGCGCCCAAAGCCGCGGAUGCGGGAGACGACAGCGGCGGGACGGACGAGGAAAAGGUCGCCGUGUCGUCGCGCCAGCGUCGGAAGAGAUCAGCCAGCACGAGCAUCCUGGACGACGGCUCGAGCGACUCUUCAGACAGCGACGUCGGAGCCGAACCGGUCCGGAAAGCAUCGGCGAAAAAACGAUACAAGCUUUCCGACUCCGAGGGUGAAACUGACCAGGAGAAGAAAGAAGUGGAAGCAAGAAAAGCAGCUGCCAGGAGGAGAGAGAGGAAAAACAGACUGAUGGAGCUGCUGAAGAAGAGAAAGACGGGUGCACCACUGCGCAGGCGCAGAACCUUGGAGCUGAGAAACUGUUCAGAAGAUAAAGGAGUUGCAGAAGAUGAACCUGAAGACAAAGAAGUGAAAGACUCUGAAGAUGAAUCGAGCGAAGAGGACACGCUUCGCGUAAUAGACAGCAGCGAAGAAGAAAAAGAGGCCGACAGUGACAGCCUGAAGGACUUCAUCGUAGAGGAUGAAGAGCAGAAAGAUGGACAGGAAGAAGAGGAAGCGGGUGAAAUUGAGAACAAGGACUUCCGGUCUCACCUUCCACGCCAGUUCAUUACUGGAUCUCAGUUUACCUACUUCCAAGUGGUGGUCAAAGCUUUGUUGAUCAAUGCACUGGACUCAUCCUUCCUCAAGUCACUUUACGAUGGUGAGCGAACAAAGCGCUAUGCUGAGGAGAUGAAAUCAUCAUUGCAUCACUUUGAUGAGCGACUGGUGCUCCCACGCCUGGAAAAUCUAAAGCAGAGGAGCCGCUGGAAAGAUCGCUACAAAGAGCGGGUCGAGUGUUAUCCCAAAGUGCGAAUCAGUCAGGUGAACGUCCACACUAAGGGCUGUGAAGCGUGUGAGCUCCACCGAAUCGGCCGCUUCUGUGUGCGUCUCUCCGGGCAGCUGUAUCACAACGACACGCUGCAAAAGGACCAGUUCAUGCCUGAUGACUCGCAGAUGUUCCUCGUCGGCUCAGUAUGUGCCGGCCGUACCGAGGUGUACCACGCACUCAAACACUUCAAGUACCAUUUGUUUGAGCGCUGCUGCACGGCUCUGGAGGAGCACAAAGAGGCAGAGGAUCAGAACCAGGAGGGAGAUGACGAUGAGCCGGUGAAGGAGACCGUGAACAAAGCGUUCACCAAGCUGAUGGAGGAAGGCUGGAUUAAUGAGCAAUAUGAUGAUUUUCAGGAGCGCCUUAAUUCUGCAGAUUUCUUCCAAGAAGAGAAGCUGGACUGAGACGUGGACGACUUUUUUUUUUUCCCCCAGACAAAACAUUGUCAAUUUUUGACCAGCAAAGAUAAUUCUACCAAAAUCUGUGUAAUAUAAUACACACGUUUUAUAAACCUAUGAGGUCUUAUUACUGUACUUUGUUUUCCAGUUGCUUUUGCAUUUUCCUUUUUAAAUUGGACAGAUUUUAUUUUAAAGCUUGUUAACUCCGAGUUAUCAUAAAUAUGUAAUAUUUAAAAAAAAAUCUUAAUUCUUGUAAUAGAUGAAAAAUAAAAUUAAAAAAAGUUAAUAAAAUUACUCUGAGAAAUGUC